CUGGUUCUGCCAUCCCUCGGAGCAGUGGAUGCCCAGCCUCCCGGAGGGAGGGCCCCGGGCAACCAGGUUACCAGGGCUAGAAAUAUGCCUCAGAGAACUUCCGCUUCCAGGGGGCCUGGCUGCACUCUUGGGAUCAACUCUCCCACUAAAACACAACAAUGAAUGGGAUGUACCAGGUGAUCGGGGGUAUCAUCUCCCCCGUCAGUGACAACUACAGGAAGAAAGACCUUGCACCUGCUCACCACCGCGUGGCCAUGGUCCGGCUGGCCCUGCAGACGUCCGACUGGAUCCGGGCGGACCCCUGGGAGAGUGAGCAGGCGCAGUGGAUGGAGACCGUGAAGGUGCUGAGGCACCAUCACAAGGAACUGCUCAGACCUCUGUCCCAGGAGGAAGGCCCGGACCAAGGCCGCGCUGUCUCCCCGGUGCCCGCAGCUGUGCCAGAGCUGAAACUCCUCUGCGGGGCAGAUGUCCUGAAGACCUUCCAGACCCCCGACCUCUGGAAAGAUGAGCACAUCCAGGAAAUAGUGGAGAAGUUUGGCUUGGUGUGUGUGAGCCGGGCUGGUCACGACCCGCAGGGGUGCAUCUCGGGCUCACCCAUCCUGCAGAGGUACCAGCACAACAUCCACCUGGUCAGGGAGCCGGUGCGGAAUGAGAUCAGCGCCACAUACGUCAGGAGGGCCUUGGGCCAGGGGCAGAGCGUGAAGUACCUGCUCCCGGACGCCGUCAUCAGCUACAUCAAGCACCACAACCUCUAUUCCAGGGAUGACUCCUGGAAUGGCAGCAGCACCCGGACCAACGAAGGAGAGACGAGCUAGGGGGCCAGCCGCUUCGCCACCGAGCUCCUCCGCAAGAGAAACCCUUAAGCUACUCCGUGAAAUUUGCUGCUGUUGCAACCGAACGGGCCUGAAUUGAAAAGCCGAUGAGUCCUCGCGGUGGAGGAGGCGGUCGCUUUCCCACACCGUGCGGACGGCCCCCAGUCCGAAGCUCUGGGCGGGCCCUGAAAGAGGAGAACAGGCUCCUGGCUGGGUGCAGGAGGCGCCCGUCCACCCCUGGUGAGGAAGAGGUUUUGAUUGGCCUAGUUCUAUUUAUGCUUGCUGACCAAAUGCCUGAAUGCAUUCAGGUUACUUCAUCCUUUCCCCCUGGCUCAUCCAGAUGUAGUCAUGCAGAAAAACAAAGAUCAGUCCGAGGAACCCAGUGUCUCCCCAAAUAUAUUCCACCAUUUGCAUAUGUGUCAUAACGGCAAUGACUGAAAGUGACGUCCUGGGUCCAGAGCAGUGGAACCCUCCUAUAGGGGUCCUCCAGACCUCCCUCCUGCAGCCUCUAAAGCUGCUGGCCAUUCCCCCUCCCCCAUGAUGGACCUCUGCCCUCAAGAGGUCCCUAUGGACCCCGAUAGUGCAAGGGAAUAGGAAUCCAACGGCCUUGUCCAACAUCUACCACAGCAAACGAUGUGGCUUUGACUAGCUCCUUUCCCACUGAACCUCAGCUUCCCAAACUCUAAAAUGGGGACGUUUGAUUAGACAAACUCUAAGUUCUCUCCCAGUUCUGAUUUCUUAAGUCUCUGAGUGCCUCUGACUUCAGCCUGUCCACCUUCUUUGGGUCUAGUAUAUUUCUAGCCAGACCGGAAGCUCUCCAAGGGCAGGGGGGCCUUUGUUUUGUUUGCUGAUAUGUCUUAAGUGCCCAGAAAUUUGCUCUUCCAAGUGUGGUCCCAGGCCAUAGUACUUGCAUCCCUUGGGAGCUGGUUAGCCAUGCAGACUCUCGGGUCCCACCCCAGACCUGCUGACACGGAAUCCACAUUUUAAUAAGAUUCCCAGGUGAUUCGAUGCACUGGCCUAGAACAGUGCCUGUUACAAUAAGUAUUAGUUUAUUUUUAACCAGCUGAAUGUAUAAUUGAAAUUACAUUACUUGUGCUCUGGUGAAUGUCUUCCUCCUUGCUGUCUGGGCACUGCAGCAACACUGUUCCGUGUGGAGUAUAAAAGGCAACAGAGGGGAAAACCUGCAAACGGCCGUAGAAUCCAGAAAAGGGGAGAGAGAGGGAUCCUGUGGGUUUGAGGAGGGUUUCUCAACUUGGGCUAUUCUGAUAUUUGGGCCAGAUCAUUCUUUGCCCCCCUGUGGGGGGCUGCCCUGUGUAGGAUGCUUAGCAGCAUCGCUGGCCUCUGUCCAUUAGGUGCUGGUAGUAACAUCACCCCCACUUCCCACUGUAACAGCAAAAAUGCCCCCAGACAUUGCCACAUGUCCCCUGGGGCACAAAAUAAUCAUCCUGGUUGAGACCCACUGGCUUAAGAAGAUGGCUGUGGGGUAUGUAUGUGAGGAGUGGUUCUGUUUCCCAAGAGGGAAAAUUUGGGAAGCGGCAGCUUUAGAAUAGUCUCCUCUUUCUAAAAAAGUAGUUUUAGAGAAGUCCCUACCACUCGUGAAGUCGUGUUUAUUCUGGGGGACACAGUGCUCUCGACAGUGGGAAUUAGAAGCCACCUCCUUGACUCGGAGGCACCCUGAGCUUCAGCCUCCAGGGCCUGGUGGCUUUCUCUCCUCUGUGUUUACAGGCGUCCAACCUGUGCCCUCAGAACUGUCACCCAGGGCCUGGCAAGGGAAGACUGUCAAUGAGCGGAAGCUAGUAGUUUUAUGAUUCUGAAUAUUAUGUUUCAAAAUUCAGGAUUCAUUCAUUCAAACCUAUUUACUGAGGACCUCUCAUGUGCCAGGCACUAGACUAUGCACUAGGGGUACCAUGAUGAGCAAAACAGACACAGUCUCUCCCCUCUAAACGCUUACGGUCCCCUGGGGAGAUGGACAGGAGUCAAACAGUCACAUAACUAACCCUCUGAUCACAAACCGAGAGGAGGGCUCUGAUGGCAAAUACACUGUGUGCUCCAAUGGCAAGAGGCAGCUGGUUCACUACAAAGCUUCAGGUCUAACCUUCCACUUGCCCAGGCCCUCCCCAGCACCCUUGGAGGGGCCUAACUUCCACAUUCAUAAUUUUUAUUUUUAUUCUGAAAAGGGGCCUUCAAAACUAUAUAAAGUUUAGACCCCAUAAAACAUGAGGAAUCCACCCUGAUGGCAGGGAAGAGAAGAUGGAUUUUAAUUUUAAAAUAUGAAUUCCCAAGACUUUGGGAUGGGAUGAGGCCAUUGGCUUUCAGCAUGAACAGCAUGUGCAAAGGCCCUGAGGCAGGAAAGGGCAAAAAAGCAUGAUGAGCUAGAUUCAGUAUCACCUCCUUUAGAAGGGGUCUAUUGUUACAAUAUGCACCUGACAGCAGGUGUCCUUGCAUGCCACAUCUCCCCGUCCAGUCUUUGUAUAGUCUUAGGGCACCAGGCCCAAGUAGGUUUGGAGGCGAUACCUUCAUCUCUUUGAUUCAGGACUGGAUCAUGGGGCUCCCACCCAGCAAAACAAUCAUUUCUGAGCCUUCACAUUGUCCUCGUCUAAAGAAAACAGCACACACACACACACACACACACACACACAUCCAUAUUUCUCUACUCUCACCUUGUCCUACUGAUUCACGUAGCCUCCCUUUGUUCGUAUCAGAAGAGAGACAAUGUCUCACCGCCGUGCUCCUGAUUUGCUGCAUUGACUCUGACGGGCAUACCUGAUUCCACAUGCCUUUCCGUUCCCUCGGGCCUGCUUCGCCUCUGGUUUGCCUGGGUGUUUUGUUUAUUUUGCAAGAAUAGAAAAACAGUGAUUUGGGCUCCUGGGUAAAUAGAAUUUCCAGCCUUAAAUAAAGGUUCUCCUGUGAUAGCAUUUGCUGCCGA